UAUUUUCCAAAAUGCCUCAAUUGCUGAACAGCAUACUCAGUGUGAUCAGAGUGUUCCAGGAAUAUGCCAAAGAAAAUGGAGACUGUACCUCACUAUGCAAAAAGGAGCUGAAGCAGCUGCUGUUGACUGAGUUUGGAGACAUCCUACGGAGACCAAAGGACCCAGAGACUGUGGAAAACAUUCUGACCCAUUUAGACCGAAACAGAAAUGGAUAUGUUGACUUUCAUGAAUAUCUUUUGUUGGUUUUCCAAUUAGUCCAGGCCUGCCACCAUAAGCUAGAUAAGAAGUCAUAUAGAGAUAAAACCUCACAGCAAGACAAGAGACAUGAAGUAACACAAAACCGUAAGUUUCCAAGAGGCACAGACAGAGAACAGCAGCAGUCGUGUGCUGGUGAAAGACAGAAUUCCCACCACAGUGAGUCUGAAAGACAAGGUCAUAAUGUCCAACAUGAUCAGUCUAAGAAACAAGAUAGGGACUCCCACUAUGAUCAUUCUGAGAGACAAGAUAAAGACUUUCACUAUGGUCAGCCCGAGAGACAAGAUUGCGAUUUCCACCAUGGUCAGUUUGAGAGACAAGAUAGCGACUUCUUCUAUGACCAUUUUGAGAAACAAAAUAACAAUUCCCACCAUGAUCAUUCUGAGAAACAAGAUAAAGACUUCCACUAUGAUCAGUCUGAGAGUCAAGAUAGAGAUUCCCACCAUGGUCAGUCCAAGACACAAGACUUGGAUUCCCACCAUGACCAAUCUGAGAAACAAGAAAUAAGUUAUAGCUCUGAUCAGUCUAAAAGAAAAAGUCAAGCCUCUACCUCAGAUCACAGACUGAGUCUUAAAUCUAAUAGUGGCCAACAAAAAGACCAAGGACAUAUCUUUGUCUUAAAUCAGUCUGAAAAUCUAGCACAGGAUUCACAUUAUAGUUAUUCAACAAAGCUUGAACAACAAUCUAGCUAUGACCAGUCUGGAAGACUCACACAAGGCCUUGGCUCUCAUCAGACCAAACAACAGGAAUCAGGAACUUAUUAUUCACAGUCCGGGAGGCUGGACCAGGACUCAGGCUAUGACCAGAGAGACAGACAAGAUUCACAAUAUGUCCAGACAGACAGACAAAGCCAGGGUUCUUGCUAUGAUCAAACAGACAAACAAGAACAGGGCUUCCACUCUGGUCAGGUAAGCAGACAAGGACAGGGUUCCCACUACGGACAAACAGACAGACAAGGACAGGAUUUCCAUUAUGGUCAGACAGACAGACAAGGACAGACUUCUCAUCAUGGCCAGACAGAAAGACAAAGCCAGAAGUUUCACUAUGGUCAGACAGAUGGACAAGAACAGGGUUCCCAUUAUGGCCAAACAGAAAGACAAGGACAGGAUUUCCACUAUGGCCAAACAGACAGACAAAGCCAGAGUUCUCAUUAUGGUCAGACAGACAGACAAGGACAGAUUUCCCAUAAUGGCCAGACAGAAAGACAAAGCCAGAGGUCUCACUAUGGGCAGACAGACAGACAAGGGCAAGGUUCUCACUAUGGCCAAACAGACAGACAAGGACAGAGUUCCCAUUAUGGUCAGACAGACAGACAAGGACAGACUUCCCAUCAUGGCCAGACAGAAAGACAAAGCCAGAGGUCUCACUGUGGUCAGACAGACAGACAAGGGCAAGGUUCCCAUUAUGGCCAAACAGACAGACAAGAACAGAGUUCCCAUUAUGGUCAGACAGACAGACAAGGACAGACUUCCCAUCAUGGCCAGACAGAAAGACAAAGCCAGAGGUCUCACUAUGGUCAGACAGACAGACAAGGACAAGGUUCCCACCAUGGACAGACAGACAAACAAGAUCAAAGUUCCCAUUACGGUCAGACAGACAGACAAGGACAGAGUUCCCAUGGUGGCCAGACAGAAAGACAAAGCCAAAGAUCCCACUAUGGUCAGACAGACAGACAAGGACAGGGUUCCCAUCGUGGACAGACAGACAGACAAGAUCAAAGUUUCCAUUAUGGUCAGACAGACAGACAAGGACAGAGUUCCUACCAUGAGCAGACAAACAGACAAGGACAUAGUUACCACCAUGGGAAGACAGAGAGACAAAGUCAGAAUUCUCACUGUGGUCAGACAGACAGACAAGAACAGGGUUCCCACUAUGGUCAGAUAAGCAGACAAGAUCAGGGUUCCCACCAUGGUCAGACAGACAGUCACAGUCAAGGUUCCUAUCAUGGGCAGACAGACAGACAAGGACAGAGUUCCUACUACAGUCAGUCACAGAUUACAGAAACUGAGAUACAAGGACAAAAUAGAUACUUCAAAGAGAAUGGAAAAACAAAAAGCGACUCAUAUGUUGACCAAUCGGGAAAGUCAAGGACACCAAGUCAACAGACUCUAGAACAGGAAGUGAAUCAGAACCAGACACAGGGAUUCCAGUAUAGGGAAAAACAACAGCAUAGUCACAAUGCAUGCAAGCCAGAGGAGGAUCAUCAAUAUCACCAACACAAACUCUUAGCACAAAUCCAACAAGAAAGGCCACUGUAUCACAAAGGAAGUGAGAGGCAACUAGGUAGUAGUGAACAGAGUCACACACAGGUCCAAACCAGACAGAGCGAGGACAAGGGACAAACCCAUCAAGCAGAAGAAGAGCAGGGUCAUCAAAACUGGAGUGAACACAGCUAUCAGGGUCAGGAAAGUGCAUGGGAGGCACAGGAUAGGCAAACCCAUGAACAGGACCAUCCAAAAAAGGCCAGACAAACCUAUGAAGAUGAGCAAAACCACCAGAGUCAAGACAAGCAAACCUGGGAAGAAGAUCAACAUCAUCAUCAACAGGAUAGACAUAUCAAUGAAGAUGAACAGAACCAUAGGCAAACCCACAUAAAGGGUUAUAAUCAUCAUCAACAGCAGGAUGGUCAAACGCAUGAGGAAAAAUACAGGUAUCAAGGGUCUCAGAAUCAAAGAAGACAACAGAGUGUAGGUCACCCUACCAAGGCAGCUAAUGUUCCUCCCAAUCCCUUCUAUGGCUAUGUGAAAAAGCAGAAAUCACAUCAGUACUAAGCUGUGUGAGCAUCCAAGCUAAGAAACAUGAAAUCAAAGAAUAAACCUAGACAUUAAGUUCAUCUUUACUUCUGUAUGAAAUGUUAUAAGUGUUUGUCUUCCCUCUACUAUUUGUCUACCUUCAAGAAUGCUCCUGAGGAUUAGUAUUCUCUUUUGGUGCAAUUCAGUUCUUUGAGCAACAGUUAAGGGGCUUUCUGGUUGGAUGUAAUAUAAGUAACAAUUAUGUGAUUAAUUAUUUAAUUUUGAUCAUUUUGGGAAUUAAAAUCAUUCUUGGUUUGCUCUCUGUACAGGUUAAUCGUGAUUGGGUUAUUGAAAGGUAGAACACAUCUCCUUAAAAUUCAAAAACAGGAAAGGUACUUUGAAGAUUUACAUUUUAACCAAACAAAGGAAACUUGAUUUUUAGUGAGUUUUGGCUCAUGUAGAUAAAACAUAAGGGAUUGCAAGCUGCAUAUUCUAGACCAGAAUGCAACACACUGAGAGGCUGCUAAGGAAGCCAGGGACCACAGAGUUCAUCUCUGCUCUUGCCAUCUAUCUUGUUUAGUCUCUGGUCCCUCACCAGAGAGAGUGACUAUCCAGUGACCAACUAUUAUAAGAUUGGCAGGAUCCAUUCCAUUACAAUGCCUCUCUAAUUUCCAAUCACAUAAAAUAGAAAGUACAUGUCAUCUCUAUAUAGAUCCCCAAGGGCCAAAAUUGUCAAGUCAUAGCUCCCCUGUUCUGAAAACCUUUUGCAGGAAAAUCAACAUGCAAAACAAUGGAAUUAUAUUAAAGCACCAAAUAAAUGAUUGUUGAACAGUGACUUUGGUGGCUCUUUUCCAUCACUUGGAAUUAUGCUAUCUUCAUUUUGUGGGUCAUUUUCCUAGAAUAAUACCUCAUUUUAUAACCUCUAAAAUCU